CGGGAAGAGCGAGGACUUCUAUUCGCUUUCUCCUCUCCGCCCGCUUUGCAUGGAAAGCGAGUCCUCCUCUUCCAGCUGCGCUCCUCAAGAGCGGCAUCCGAGUAUUGCAGCCCCGCAGCUGUGGAAAGAUACUGGUACAGACUUACUGCAUUGCUAAACCACAAAACUGUCCUUGCAGACUAUCACCAAGUUGCCCUUUGUCUUCAGAUUCAUGAUGGUGGUGUUCACAUUCCUUCUUUCUGCUUUGAUGCUCACUACAGCACACUCACAGGAAACAGAAGAAACAAUCACAUACACGCAAUGCACAGAUGGCUAUGAAUGGGAUCCUGUCAUGCAGAGAUGCAAAGAUAUCGACGAAUGUGAAAUUGUGCUUGAUGCAUGUAAAGGUGGGAUGAAGUGCGUUAACCACUAUGGAGGGUACCUCUGCCUGCCCAGAACAGCUCAGAUCAUAGUAAAUAAUGGACAACAAGAAGCUGCACCUGAUUCUUCGAGCAACCGAAAUGGCAACCCCAUAAUUCGGCGGACUCCUCUUGAACUUCCAGCAUCAGGUUUUUCCCAUAUACAAUGUGCAGCGGGAUAUCAAGCAAGUGAUCAUAAUGUUUGCCAAGAUAUUGAUGAGUGUACAGCAGGCACUCAUAACUGCCGAUCGGAUCAGUUAUGCGUCAACUUAAGAGGAUCAUUUGUCUGCCAAUGUCUUCCUGGGUAUCAGAAGCGAGGGGACCAGUGUAUUGACAUAGAUGAAUGUAUACUACCUCCAUUUUGCCACCAUCGGUGUGUGAACGUCCCUGGCUCAUAUUAUUGCCAGUGUAACAGUGGUUUUCAGUUAGCAGCUGACAAUCAUACUUGUGCAGACAUAAACGAAUGUGACACCACCAACUCAUGUGCACAACUGUGCUACAAUAUCGUCGGCUCCUUCCUCUGCCAGUGCAAUCAGGGCUUUGAGUUAAGCCCUGACAGAAUCAACUGUGACGAUGUUGAUGAAUGCAGAAUGUCCACCUUUAGAUGCCAAUAUCAGUGUGUCAAUGAACCAGGAAGGUACUCCUGCGUGUGCCCCGAUGGGUACCAGCUGGUCAGAGGGAUAAACUGUCAAGAUAUAAAUGAAUGUGAGGUGGGUAAUGAAUGCCGGGAGGAUGAAAUGUGUUGGAAUUACCACGGUGGGUAUCGCUGUUAUCCAAGGAAUCCUUGUCAAGAGCCUUACGUCCUUGCAUCAGAAAAUCGCUGUGUCUGUCCAGUGUCCAAUCCCCUUUGUCGAGACCUGCCAUAUUCCAUUGUACACAAAUAUAUGAGCAUCCGCUCAGAUAGAUCCGUGCCAUCUGAUAUCUUCCAAAUCCAGGCAACCACCAUUUUCCCCAAUACUAUUAAUACAUUUCGGAUCAAGUCUGGAAAUGAGAAUGGAGACUUCUUUUUGAGACAAACAAGCCCAGUGAGUGCAAUGCUUGUAUUGGUGAAACCAUUAUCGGGGCCACGAGAACAUAUCAUUGACCUGGAGAUGCUGACAGUCAAUAACAUGAAUUAUCGGUCGAGUUCAGUCCUGAGGUUAACGCUAAUUGUAGGACCAUAUUCAUUUUAGGCACUGCAACUAAGUCCUUUGCCCACACC